AUGGCUCCAGACUCCCACCAGUGCGGGCAGUCGCUAACGGCCACACUUCUGAAGUUUUCAAAGCAAGAUCUAGUUAAAAGGGAUGUGUUUGGUCGCACUAUUUUGCAUAUUUUGCUACUCUGUAAUCGCCAUGAUCUUUUGAGACAUUUACUAAAAAACAACGAUGUCAAGGAUGUUCUCGUACUUACUGACUAUGAAAAUGGCUGGAACUGUCUACACUACGCUAUAUUCCACAAGCGUAUACUUUGCUUUAAGGUUCUUAUGGAAUACUUACGACGAGAAACCGGGUCUUAUAUGGUCCCCAAUUCCUUGAUGUAUGACCUUGUUCGAUGCAAGGAUAGAAACAAAUAUACUCCUUUCCAGCUUCUUGAUAACGACCUCAAGGACUUGAUAUGGAUUCCUGGCUAUAUUGACGAUAAUGAUCGGUUUCACUUGACUUACAGGUAUGUUAUCCAAUCUGAAUGGACCACCAACUCACCAAUAAUUCAACAAUUUAGACUACGAAAAUCGAACAUAGAUUUCAACCACAUUUGGUGGGAUGAUGCUAGAGGAGGUUCUGAUCUUUAUAUGCUGGGUUCUAACAAAAAUUAUACAUUGGGUCUUGGAGAUACUUCGGAAGUCGCAAAUCCUAGUAAAGUACCAUUUGAACACUUUGAUUUUCCCAAACGUGGAUCAACUAUUAGGGAUAGACUUCAUCGCCCAAGAUUCAAACAGGUUGGAAUUUCAAAGAAUUAUACCUUGGUACUUACUACUGAUAUGAGACUAUACUCAAGUGGACUAGGUACUCGCCGUGGUCGGUCUGACCAUGGCUCUGAAAACCACAAAAACCCAUAUCGGUUCAAUCCUAUAGUCAUUGACGAUUUAGCGAAUGGUCCCUUGGCUAGCCUGUCUAUUAUGGGCGUUGAAAAGUUUGCUAUUUCAGAUAAUCAUUCGUUGAUUUUGGCCAAUAAUAAUUGUGUCUAUGCAUUUGGACUGAACACCUUUGGGCAACUAGGGACUUCUAGUACUAUCAGGAGUCUUAGUUCCUCAAACGAAGAUUACGAACCUACACCAGUACCUGUUGCAGGAGACUUAAGGCGCAACUUUGAACCUAUUUUGGGUCUCGCUGUCUCAGAAGUGAGCUCAGUAGCUUGGUCUGAAAACAGUCUUUUCUUUUGGGGCUUGAAUACCGGUCAGAUGGGUAUUCCUCAUGAUCCUACGAAAAAAACCGUUAAAGGAACUUUCAGUGGCAGUAUCCAGUGCUCACCCAACAGAGUUUCGCUUCGCGAUACAAUCAAGCUUGUCCAAGCAACUCCUUUGUGCACAUUUGUGGUCACUACGGAUAAUAACAUUCAUGUGUUCACACAAUACCAGCACUUUAAGCUCCCCAGGUUGCCUGUAAAUAUCACAUCGGAGAAACAUUUUGACAUCUUCAGACCAACAAAGCUCACCAAGCAACCCAAUAUAAUCAAACUUUGUGCAAAGAGUCACCGACUAGUUUGCUUGGUUUUGGAUAAUGGAGACGUCAUGAGCUAUAGUAUUGACCCCACAAACUCCAAUAUGCUAAAAAAUAUCAAGUAUUCUACUCUAUGGAAAUCAUAUGAUCGAGAUAUGAAGGUGGUUGAUUUGGAUGUCUCUCUGGAUGGUUCAGUCAUUUUGUGUACUAGAAACGGCUCAACAUUCAUCAAGAGCUCACAAAACAUUCAGAGAAGGGGUUCAGUGAACGACGUUCGUUUGCCUAUUCCUGUUAAAAAGAACAAGUUCCGGAAAGUUUUCAACAUUAAUCGAGUCAUAAAGGUCUCGUGUGACAAUAAUUUCACAUCCUUUGCAUACAUGCGAGAUGACAUCGACGUUCUACCAUUUGAAUUACCAAAGAAUAGCAUGCUCAAUGACUUACAAUACUUGAGUCCAAUGAUAGAUACUACCGAUACUAGGAAACAGGCAGAACUUCUAGGGGCAGACCACACCAGAAAUUCGUGGAGCAAUCACUACUACGCUCACUUUUUGGGCGUCAGUACGUUUAUCAACGAUCAUGGUGGGCCAAUAGGCGAUUCUGAAGAUGAUGGUUUUCCGGAUUCGGAUAUACUCCAGAGUCGUUAUUACAAACGUUACUACCCAUUUCAUACCUAUGAUUCUCGUUCUGAUAGCAUUGAUGGGGACUUUGACCAGUUUAGACCUCAAGAGAAUCUUCAUAAACUGCUUCUUUCUAAUCUUGAUGAUGAUGAAUGGCUACCACAGAGCAUUGCGAAAUCAAAUCAUUCAGAUUUCACUAUCAAAUUGUCCAAAGAUACUUACCAGCACUCAAUUCCCAUCCACAGGCACCUUUUCUGUCUUCGAUCGCCAGUUUUUCGGAGCUUAACUGACGGAGAUAUUGUUGUGGAGGGCAACAUAAAUGGGCAAUAUAAUGAGAAAGAGUGUUCACUUACAUUCAACUCAUCAUUGCAGCUAAAGUCGUUAUUGAUUUUUGUUCACUAUCUAUACACGGGAAAGAUUGUCUCUAUAUGGGACAGCUUCCCAAACCGUUCCGAUUGUCCAGCAGUGGUCUUAGCCAUCAAGAAAGACUUUUUCCUGUUGAUUGGUGCUUUUCAAAUGACAAACCUCAAUGAAUCCAGGGCCAUUGCUCAGCUUCGGCUGCUCACAGAAAGUACAACUAUUAGUGACGACUCUGACUUGAUUACCAUUGUUCUCUCUGAUGGUUCAGCCGUAUGCCAUCCUUCUCUUUUAUCUUCAAGAUCUGCGUAUUUUGAGACGGUAUUAUCCGAUUCGUGGAAUGGAACCAAAACCUUGAGCUUGGAGGGAAUAACCAAGAGACACUUUGACGUGAUUUUGCGUCACAUUUACGGAGUAAAUGAUCUUAAUCUCUUUGAUGAGUUUGAAUCAGAAACUACCCAUCUUCAUGAAGAUUUCAUCAACUUUGUUAUGGAAAUUAUCGAGAUUGCCGACGAAUUGUUAUUACUAGAACUCAAGGCUAUUGGCCAGCUAGCCAUCAAGGAUCUUAUUGACUUGCAAAAUGCAUUGACGCUACUCAAAUUUGCUGAAAGUUCAAAUGCUAAGAAACUCUUUAUGGCAUGUUCGUGGUAUAUCUACAAUAAUUUGGAGAUGUAUUUACUUGACAACUCCUUCCAGGACCUCACUUUAGAUGUCUUAUCGAAGCUUGAGAAGCACAUCCUCUUUUUCCACCACUGUAAGGUGGCCGACUUUGCGAAUGUAAAAAAGGAGAUCAACCCAGCUUUAGAGUACAAUUGGAUGCAAGAAAGUUCAGGUCAGUUUGUCAAAGACUUUGUCUUCUCAAUGGCAGAAGAACAUGAUCCCAAGUUCAUGAAGGCUGGAAGAACCUCAUUCACACCAUUGGUGGAUGAAAAAUAUCUUCCCAAGGUAAAAACUUCCGACAAGCGUAGGCUGUCGAGGAAGUCAACUUCAAGAAAAAACUCAGCUUUGCUUGAGCUCCAUGAAGAAAUGGCCAAGUUACGUCGGUCGAGUGAUACUAAGCUGCAGACUAACGAGUCCAAAUAUAGCGAGUCAGCUAUUGAAGAAGAUGAUCAGGAUUUCGAGCCUGUUUCGAGAAGACGUCAAAAGAGUCUGAGUCGCAUAAAGCCUGCUUCUCCCUCUAGUGUCAGUCCUACAGACUCACCUUCUGUGUCAGCUGUGCAAUCUUUGAAUCUGUCUUCGACAUCCUUAUCGCAAUCAGCAGUGAGAAAUGCUAGUGCUAAUUUGACGAGCCCUAAACCAUCCACAUCAAAUUCACAGUCUAAAGAAAUUAAAAGCACAGGUCCACCAGCUCCAACCACAUUAGGCUUCCAGCCGGUUCUCGGAGAAAAGUGGGAAAAGACCCAAGAUGUUUCUACUAAGAAGAACGCCUCUGUCAAAUUCAAAUUUGGCCAGCGUCCCUCUCAGAAGGAAAGAAGAAUGCAACAUCAAGUAGGAACGUCUUCGAACUCAGUCAAGUCAGAGGAGAGCAGAAGUGUUUCUGGGCCGUGGAAAAGUGAAGCGACGAAUUCAGCAACACAACCAGGGAAAAGCCUGCCCCUAGAAACUUUACCUAUUCUUGGAAGUAGUAGCUGGUCACUGACUACCUCAUCACCAACUAGUAACGGAAGAACACCAUCGUUGACGAGCAUUAUGCUUCAAGAGUCGCUGAGAAUCGAAGCCGCAAAGGCAAACGACAUGGAAAAGAGAUCGCUCCAAGAUAUUCAGCAGGAACAGAUGUUUGAAAAGUGGUGGCAGGAGGAAGCAGAGAGAAUUCAGCGCCAGCAAAAUCCACCGCCUCAUAAUGGCAAACCAAGAAGAAAGAAAAACCAAUCCAAGAAAUGA